AUGUUAACUGAUGUUUUAAUUGGUAAAUAUAAUAAUAAAGAAUUUAUUAUUUCAACUGAUCGUGAUGAACAUAUUAGAAUUUCAAAUUAUCCUAAAAGUUAUGUUAUUAAAGAUUUUUUAUUUGGACACGAUGAAUUUAUUUCACAAUUAUAUAUUCCUGAAUAUAAUUCAGAGAUUUUAAUAUCUGGAGGUGGUGAUGAUUAUUUAAAUGUUUGGAAAUGGUAUAAUGGUGAAUUAAUUACAAAUAUUCAAUUAAGAAAUUUAAUUCAAGAUUAUUUAAUUAAAGAUCUGCAUUUACCUCCAACUAGAUUUAGACAUGAUGAUUCAUCUAAAGAAAUUUCAAUUUCAAGAAUAACUACUUUAAAAAAUAAUAAUGAUCAUUUAUUAUUAAUAUUAGUUGAAAAUACUCCUUGUAUUUUAGUAUUUGAUAUUUUGGAUGAUUUUACUAAAUUUGAAUAUAGACAAACUAUUUUAACUAAUGGUUCAAUUGUUGAUUUUACCCUUGCUAAUGAAACUAUUAUAACUUCUAUUGAAUCUGAAAAUGAAUCACUUGAAUUUUUUAAUUUGAAAAAUGGUAAAUUUGAACAAAUUGAUUCCUUGAAAAUUUCAGAUUCUAUUCCUUUUGAAAUCAAAGAUGAAUCUGAAUAUCAACAUUUAUAUAAAUAUUAUCAAUUGCGUAAAAGAAGUGAUUGUCCAGAAGCUCCAUCAAAAUAA